AUGGUUCAGACGCCCCAUUAUUCUAGUACACAUGAUGGAUCAAAUGAUGCAGAUUCGAAUGGCUCUCAUAGGCCAUUUAUCACACAAAAGGGGUACAAGUUUGGGAGACAAAGUAUUCAUCAGGCGAUCGUAAAGAUAUUUUGGCAGUCUAUAAAUGAACCUUGGAUUACUUAUAAAAAAAUUCCAAAGGAAGUUGUCACUCAAAUGUUUGAGCGUUUUAGGACUCAAUACCGGUGGGAUCCAAAUGAAGAAGGGUUAAUUUGUGAAGGUUUUGAGAAUACACUGAAAGAUCGCUGUAGGGGUAGAAUGAGGGAUGCUAUGGAAGCAUCGAAACAGUUGACGGGUGAAGACCCCUCAUUCAUUGAUCUUUAUUAUAAGACACAUCUUACCGCCGAAUCAAAGAAAAUAUAUUUUGGGGGCGAUAAAGAGGCACAAGUGGAUUUUGUGAUUGAGACAUCUAGAGUGGCGAUCGAGUCAUAUAACACAACCCUAUCUCAAAAAUAUGGUGAUGAUCCGACUCAACAUUAUGUGAAUGAUCCUGAAUUGUGGACCCAAACAAAAUUACUUAGGAAAGGCGGGAAACAAAAAGGUCCUAUCUAUGGGGCAGGAUACUCAGAUCUUCACUUUCUGAUGACGGGUGCAUAUUCUUAUGAGUCAACUUCAGCUUCUUCUGACUUUGCAAAGUCACAACAGGAGGAGACUCGACUUGUAGGAUUAGAGAUGAUGAGUGAAUUGAUAAUGGUUGGUAGGAGAUGUGUGAUUGGUUUAUAG